UCAGGAUGGUCGGUCCGGACCUGCUGGUUCUGUAUGGGAGUCAGACCGGUACCGCCCAGGACACGGCCCACAGGCUGGCCCGGCAGGCUCAGAGGAGGCGGCUGAAGGUCCGGGUCAUGUCCCUGGACAGCUACAAUGUGGUGGACCUGAUCUCAGAGACUCUGGUGGUGUUUGUUUGCUCCACGACAGGAGAAGGAGAACCUCCUGACAACAUGAAGAACUUCUGGAGGUUUCUCUUCAGGAAGUCUUUACCUGCCGGCUCUCUGAGCCGUCUGGACUGUGCGGUCCUGGGUCUGGGGGACUCCUCGUACCCAAAGUUUAAUUUUGUUGCCAAGAAGCUCCAGAAGCGCCUCCUGCAGCUGGGGGUCCACAUGCUGGUCCCUGUGGGUCUGGCAGACGAUCAGCACGAUCUGGGACCGGACGCCGUCAUCGACCCGUGGUUCUCCUCGUUCUGGGACCAGGUCUUGGUUCUGAACCCGUCUCUGGCAGAACUGGACCCUGUGAGGGACGACGAGCCACUCCCCCCGUCGUUCUCCUUCCACUUCCUGGAUGAUAAACCGGAGCCAGACUCGGGUCUGAGGAUCCACCCGGUCCAAACGGUCCCGUCUCAGUCCUGUCCCUUUCCUGCCAGGAUGGUGUCCAACAGGAGGGUAACGGACCCGACCCACUUCCAGGACGUCCGGCUCAUAGAGUUUGACAUCUCCGGGUCCAGAAUCGAGUUCUCAGCCGGAGACGUGGUUCUGAUCCGACCGUGUAACGCAGAAGAAGACGUGGAGCGGUUCUGUCAGCUGCUCCGGUUGGACCCGGACUCCAGCUUCACUCUCAGCCCCACAGGGACCUGGGCAGUACCGGCGGGUCUCCCUCAGCCGUGCUCGCUGCGCCUCCUGCUGCGGCGCCACCUGGACCUGAGCUCGGUGCCGCGCCGCUCCUUCUUCCAGCAGCUGGCCUGUUUCUCCUCCCACCAGCUGGAGCGGGACAAGCUCUGGGAGUUCUGCUCGGCGUCGGGUCAGGACCAGCUGCACGCCUACUGCACCCGCCCCCGCCGCACCGCGCUGGAGGUUCUGGCAGAUUUCCCUCACACCACAGCUGAGAUCAAAGUGGACUACCUCCUGGACCUGUUCCCUGAGAUCCAGGCCCGGUCCUUCUCCAUCGCCUCGUCUCUGAAGGCUCAUCCGGACCGGCUCCAGAUCCUCGUGGCUGUGGUCCAGUACAGGACCAAGCUGCACAGACCCAGGCGGGGUCUCUGCUCCUCCUGGUUGGCCUCUCUGGACCCCCAACAAGGGGAGGUCUCGGUCCCCCUGUGGGUCAAGAAGGGGAGUCUCCGCUUCCCCACAGACCCAGACACCCCCGUGGUCCUGGUGGGACCAGGAACUGGAGUGGCCCCCUUCAGGUCCCUGUUACAGGAGAGACUGAUGGAGGGAAAGACUGGUAAUGUUCUGUUCUUCGGCUGUCGCUCUGAGUCCAAAGACUUCUUCUUCUCCUCUGAGUGGGAGGACAUGAUGAAGGCUGGACAUCUGCUCCUCUUCACUGCCUUCUCCAGAGACCAGGAGGAGAAGGUUUACGUUCAGCACCGGGUGAAGGAGAACUCUGCGCUCCUCUGGGACCUGAUCACCAAGAAGAAGGCCUGGUUCUACAUCGCAGGAAACUCCAAACAGAUGCCAGGAGGUGUGCGUGACGCUCUGAAGGAGGUGUUCCAGCUGGAAGGAGGAGAUUCUGCUGACGAGGCGGAACACAGGCUGGUGCUCAUGGAGCAAACAGGCCGACUGCAGAGGGAGACCUGGUCCUGACCCUGAUCCGGUCCUGAUCCUGAUCCGGUCCUGAUCCUGAUCCUCCAACUCUUCUAAUCUGUUGUUCAGAUGAUUGCUUCUGUUCAGGCAGAUCAGGACCAGGAACCAGGUUUUGUUCAUUAAAUCAUGAUGUUGUGGAAUA